UCUGUGUAAAUGGACCGAGGCUAGCAGCUGCCCUUGUUAGCAGGUUGGUGGUUAUUUCGAAACUUGUAUUAAUAUGGCGACUUAAAAUCACAUAUUUUUUUAAACACACAGUAGAUAUUGAGCCGCUGUCUGUGCGUGUUUUGUUUGUGUCACUGCAGUUCCAAGUGUCGUUGCCAUCUCAACAGCUUAGUUUUGAUUGUGAGCGUUUCUUGUAACCAUCCUCAGCAAGGUAGCAGCUAAUGCUAGCCUCGAUUUAAUCAUAAGUGAUCUCUUGCAAGUCACUUUUGACGUAUUCUUCACAAGCAAAAGGCACACAACAGGUGUAGAAAACUAGCUAGGAACACGGAGGGAGCUAUGUCAGGAGCUAACAGAGGACAGGGAAGCGCGGCUAGUGAGUAUCACAACCAAGAAAAUAUGCUGUCAAGACUGAGGGGUUCGCUGAAACCCCGAACUGCUGCAAACGAAAACCAAGAAAACCUUCCACCGAAACAAGCGGCAAACAGAACCGUCCUGGGACCCCUGCAGAACAACCAGCGGAGCAAAACUCAGAACCAGCGCAGCACAAAGCAGGAGUCACAGCCCUUGUCUUGUAAAAAUGAAGAUUUUGGCAAAAACUGCUAUGAGAAACCCUCUGCCAAGCAGCCCUCUUUCCAGAUCCAUGUGGAUGAGCCUGAUGGCGCCUGCUCAAAGAAGCCACAGCAGGUGGUUGAGGCUGUCAAAGCAAAGUCAGUCGCUGAAGAUUCUCCAAUAACCAUCGACAAUGCCGUGGCACGGCUCAGACAGCCCCUCUCCACUAUUGACAUUCCAUCAGCGAUGGAUGUCAGCUUUGACUCUCCCAUGGACAUGUCUGUGGUUGAGGGGGAGGAGAAGGUUGUCAAUGUAAAUGAGGUCCCAGAAUAUGCUGCUGAAAUCCACAAGUACCUGAGGGAAAUGGAGGUAAAAACCAGGCCUAAAGCAGGCUACAUGAAAAAGCAACCAGACAUCACCAACAGCAUGAGGGCCAUCCUGGUGGACUGGCUGGUCGAGGUUGGAGAAGAGUACAAGCUCCAGAACGAGACCCUUUAUCUGGCUGUGAACUACAUCGAUCGCUUCCUCUCUUCGAUGUCUGUCCUGAGGGGGAAGCUCCAGCUCGUCGGCACUGCUGCUAUGCUGCUGGCUUCGAAGUUUGAAGAAAUCUACCCUCCUGAGGUGGCGGAGUUUGUUUACAUCACAGAUGACACCUACACAAAGAAGCAAGUGUUAAGGAUGGAGCAUCUGGUGCUUAAAGUGCUCUCCUUUGAUCUGGCAGCACCAACUAUCAACCAGUUUCUCACCCAGUACUUCCUCAAUCACUCUGUUAACAAACAGGUGGAGAGUUUGGCAAUGUACCUUGGGGAGCUCAGUCUGGUUGAUUCAGAUCCCUUCCUGAAGUACCUGCCAUCACAAACAGCUGCUGCAGCCUAUAUCCUUGCCAACAACACAGUGACUGGUGGCUCAUGGCCUAAGUCCUUGAUAGAGAUGUCUGGCUACUCCCUGGAAGAUCUGAUGCCAUGUAUUGAGGAUCUGCACCGAACAUACCUUGGUGCUGCUCAGCAUGCCCAGCAGUCUGUCCAGGAAAAGUACAAGGGCCCUAAGUACCAUAAAGUUUCCUGCAUCGAUGCUCCAACAAAAUUGCAGCUGAACUGACUCCCUCCCUUGUCCAUGUAGAGUUGUACCUCCUGUCAGUCUUCAAAAUUUUUAUUUUUAAUGAUGUGUGCCAGUUUCAAAUGACAUGGUCUGCUCUUCUUGGAGUAGAGCUAGAUGUUUAGAAUUUUUUUUUUUUUUUUUUAAUGGUAUUUUUAUAUAUUCAGACCAUAUGCUCCCGUUGGGUUGGUUAAUCAAGCAGUUUUAAUGGUUUGACUUUUAAUCACAGACAAAAUGUAGAGGUCUUUAUUACCACUCUGUAAACAUGAUGCUUUGAUCUGCAGUGUCUCCAACUCUCCUAGAUCUGUACAUUUACUCAAACCCAGAGGACUCCCCCCCCCCCAUCCAAUUUUUGGUCUAAGGGUUGAGUUUGUUCCAAGCAGUUAUUGUUGCUGGUUGUACCUCCAAGAGGUGUAACCUUCAAAUAUUUGGCCUCAGAAGCAGAUUAAAGUAUUUUGUCUGUCAUGGAGUCGGCUGUCUCAUUACAUUGAUGUCUUGGAAGUUAACAACUUUUCAAGACCUCUUCUGCACUGUAAAAUAUGGCUCUUGUAAAUAAAAUUUCAUUUAAAGUAA